ACGAGCGACAGCCACGGACCAGCCACCGGAAAGUGCGGAGUGCGCGUUGCCCGUUUCCCCGUCGUCGAAUCGUUUUCUAAAAGGCGUAGGAAAGUCGAAUCCACCGAAACACGACACUUUUCGGUACCAAACAAAGCAAAAAAAAGCACAAACAAAAGAAAAAAGGGUACAGGUGACACACGCGACAUCCCUUAGAAGAGACGACCGGGCAGUAGGUGUUCGAGGCAGAAAGCUCGACGUUUGUUAUCUGUAUUUGUACUACUACUACCGCUACCAUUAUUCUUAGUACCACCUAUUGUUGUUAUUAAUGUUUUAAGUUGCUUAAAACGUGCUCGAGCGCAAGAGAAUAAGGGAAGGGAAGGGAGAGAAAGAGAGAGAGAGAGAGAGAGAGUAAAGUAGCGUAUCGAAAUCAAACGCGCGUGUAACAACAUCUAAUGUGCUAUAUUAGCAGCAGAUAAACGCAUAAUAGUAAGAGCAAAGUGUGGGAUAUAGAAAGCCUAAAUUGGAUAAGCGUUUACUACCGUCUCACCUGGAUACGUUUAAACGCGACCAAGCGGAUUUACUUCGGCUCGUCAAAAUUACCUAUUUCGGCCUGUGUGUGCGUGUCUAUAUUCCCGGUUUCGAUACCCUAGCUGAGUCGUUACGCGUUACGUUUGUGCAUUGUGUCCGAGUCCUAGGCAUUCGGAAAGGGAUCUCGAUUCGGAAGCGACAGUGUGUGUACUCCACGUGUGUACCGGGCGAAGGAUUUCGCGUGUAUGUUUCGCCGCAACGAAAGACACCUCAUGUUCCAGUGAUCGUUCGUCAUCGUGGGUCCUCUGUGUGCGCGUGUGUAUGUGUUUGUGUACCUACGUGUGCCUGUGCGUUUACUGUAUGUGCUGGCGGACCAGUUUGCAAGGCUGCUAAAGGAAGAAAUAGCCACCGGAGGAUAACCAAAGCGCCAGAACACACGAGCGUCAAUAUCGCGAUAAUUCAAUAGCGCAGAGUAUCGUACAAGAUGGCGUCUAAUUUGGAGCAAUUUUCGGAGCUGGAGCUGUCGAAGGAGGAUCGCGAGCAGAUCUUCGACCCACCGUUGGAUGCGCCCAAAACACAGAAUGGUGCCAGUACAACGGCCAAAAUCGUCAUCAGUGGUAUUCCACAACACGCCAAGUUUGACGAUAUCGAACCGCUGCUGAAGCCAUACGGCAAGGUGGAACACUGUGAGGCAGGUACUAGCAAAGAUCCUAACACGCAGACCGUCCAUAUCACCUUCGAGAAUCACGAUCAAGCACAGAGGGCGGUGUCGGGAUUAAACGGGGUCGAUUUCGACGGUUCGAAGCUGCUGGUGGAGCUAUCGGAGGCGAACAAACAGGCCCGCAGGGCGCAGCGUAACCGAUCGCAGUACGGUGCAGGCAUGCCCGGUGGUGGUGGUCCCGGUCGCCAGACCGAUUUCCCGCUGCGUGUGCUGGUACAGAGCGAGAUGGUCGGGGCGAUCAUUGGCCGGCAGGGUAGUACGAUCCGGCACAUUACCCAGCAGAGCCGGGCGCGCGUGGACGUGCACCGGAAGGACAACGUUGGUUCGGUCGAGAAGGCGAUCACAAUCUACGGCAAUCCGGAAAAUUGUACGAUGGCGUGCAAGAAGAUACUGGAAGUGAUGCAGCAGGAGGCCAACAGCACGAACAAGGGUGAAAUUUGCCUCAAGAUCCUGGCGCACAACAAUCUGAUCGGUCGCAUAAUCGGCAAGAGCGGGAACACGAUCAAGCGGAUAAUGCAGGACACCGACACGAAGAUCACCGUCAGUUCGAUCAACGACAUUAGCAGCUUCAAUCUUGAGCGUAUCAUUACCGUGAAGGGCACGAUUGAUAAUAUGUCCAAGGGCGAAAGCCAGAUCAGUGCCAAGCUGCGUCAGAGCUACGAGAACGAUCUGCAGGCACUGGCCCCGCAGAGCAUCAUGUUCCCGGGUCUGCACCCGAUGGCGAUGAUGUCAACGGCCGGCAAUGGAAUGGGCUUUACCGGGCGUACGGGUGGCGCGACGGCAAGCGGUGGCAGCGGUGCCGGCAUGUACCCGGGCUCGAACUUCCCGAUGUAUCAGCCACCGGCCGGUGGACCGGCCGGGGUACCGCCCGGCACGAGCGAGGUGCAAGAGACUACCUACCUCUACAUCCCGAACAAUGCGGUCGGUGCCAUCAUCGGUACCAAGGGACUACACAUCCGUAACAUCAUCCGGUUUUCGGGUGCAUCCGUGAAGAUCGCACCGCUCGAGGCAGACAAACCGCAGGAACAGCAAACGGAGCGUAAAGUUACCAUUAUCGGCACACCGGAGGCCCAGUGGAAGGCGCAAUACCUGAUCUUCGAAAAGAUGCGCGAGGAAGGCUUCGUGUCCGGUACGGACGAUGUUAGAUUAACUGUGGAAAUUUUUGUACCAAGUGCACAGGUGGGAAGAAUAAUUGGCAAGGGUGGACAAAAUGUGCGAGAGCUGCAGCGUGUCACUGGUAGCAUAAUUAAGCUGCCCGAACAUACCGCUAGUGCGCCUGUGGACGAAGAAACGACAGUACACAUUAUCGGUCCCUUCUUCAGUGUGCAGUCGGCACAGCGGCGUAUUCGUACGAUGAUGCUAGCCACGAAUCCGCCGCCGGUCACCAAGCGACAGUCGACUCAGAAAUCGAAGGAUCAAACGACGGGAGGGGCAUCUUCGCCUGCUGCUGGUGUAACCGCAGCCACCACCACCACCGCUACCGUCAGCGCCAGUACGACACCACCCCAGCAACAGUCGUCCAGUACAAACGCGUAAUCAAAAUGUCGUCCUGCGCCGGAAGACGACAAAGAUCGGGAGUGAGUAAAGCAACCAGCGGCAAAAAUAGCAAUAGUAGCACACCCUCAACCACCAUCAACAGCGUGCAGUGCGUGUGUCAGCAGAUGCGCGGAACGGGAAAAGAAGAGGCAGAGCAGGAUGAUGUGUGGAGCAAAAUGUGCGGGUGUUGCCCGUAACCCAGCGAAACCGAAACGGGUCGCGUAUCCUAAAUGGAAGAAGAUGAACACAAAUCAUAACGCCAAAUACAUCACCAAUAGUAGAACAUGCAAUAGCCCCGGCAAAGCGCAACCACGGGAACCCCUUCCCGAGGGAGUUCGCUUGACCUAUAGAGAGAGAUUGAGAGAGAAAGAGAGCGGUUAAAGGUGGUACCAUGCCCAACACCGUGAUCGAACGUUUCACCUUUCCCAUAUGUUAGCAUUAUGAAUGUUGUUAUAUUUACUCUAUUACUCUAUUUUGUCUGUUCCUUGUUCAAUACACGCAACCCUUUAUGCAAUAGUCAAAGUUGAGGUCAGCGCGAUUCCCUAAGGGUAUCACCACCAUUAGCCUCAUUAAACUGGAGAGAAAUGCCGAGAAAUGUGUGUGGAACGUGUGCAACCCAUGUGCGCGGCCAAUGCAUUGUUGUAACAGUGGUCGGACAACCGUACCAGGCACCUUCCACCGCGACCGGCAAAUGUUAUUUCUCGUACAAUCGAUCAACUACAGCAAACCAUAAUCAAAAUAGCCAACCAAUCUAAGUCUUAGAUUCCGCCCAGUAGCAACCGCGUCAACGUCAGCCUAACAGUUCAGCAGCCUCACCCUCACCCUCAGCAAACAGCUAACCAGAUUCAUAUGAAGAUUCCCGAUCGUCCGCAUAAGAAACAUCAAGGCAAACAUUUGAAACUGUUCCACAACAAGCAAAAAAACACUAUAAAUUGUAUGUAAUAAGUCAUAUGCAGAAAUAGUAUGUAAGAAAACCAUCCUCCAGAGCCAUAGCACUGAGCAGUGUUAUGGUGGAGAUAAAUAGAUGCUGUUGGAUCCUAACAAUUCGCUCGGAUGUGUAAAGUGCCACAGAUUGUAGGGAAGAGAAAAACAUCUUUCACUAAUCAGGCUUUCCCAACGAGAUCGAUAAAAUUAUAUAUAUAUUGUAGCAUUAUAGAAAGGCAGCAAAAAAAAAAACCCUCUCCCCCGAUCAACGAAACCGAACACACUCCGUACAAGGGGGCAAAAGACGUCAGACAGGUCAGCGAAUCAGACGGCAAACAAAUUUUGCAAACCAUUGGUGGGAAGUAAUAUGCAAACACCAUCGGAACAUUCCCCCUUCUUUUCACACCAAUGCAAAAUCUCUACCCGCGACAAAAAAAAAUGAAUGCGGGGAAAACAUUUGCGAAACGUCGAUCAUUGGAGUUCUUGUUGGAAAGCAUACGUGUGCGACAAAUGCAACUCCUGCAGCAAAACCAUUCAAAUCCACUAAAUGUGCGCCGAAUGACGUGUACUACCAUCAUUAAGAAAUCGGUUAGAAUCGGAAGAAUGAAAGCAAAAGCCAAUACAGUUAAGGUACUAUGUUUAAGCUUGUUGAAAACGUGCGUGUUUUUUUUUUUGCUAAUUUAUUCAGUUGAUGAUAGGAACUUGAGUUCAUGCCAACUAUUGAGGGGCGCAGUGGAGUGUUGUGGUAGGAUAACGCGAUAGGUGCGGAAUGUGGAGUGUAUUGUAUAAGUGUCGAUGGGAUAUGUUUUUGUCUUGUCUUAAACGAUCGCGCAAUGAGAGAUUUAAAACUUUAGUGUGUAAUGUUUUUUUUUGUUCAUCUUAGAGAGAGAGAGAGUGGGCGAGUCGUUUUGUUUUAAGACCGUAUGUAUGUACGACAGGUGUAAGGGACACUGAUGGGUGUAUAUGCGUGCAUGCGAUUAACCAGUAUGCACGGAAGAUGCAUGAUUGUGGCAACGCUAAUGGUAUAGUUUUACGAGAGAUGCUGUAGUAGCUAUGGUACAAAAGCGAAGCGACGAGUAUUAACAGGGCAGUGCGCUAGGGCUGCACUUUGCCGGCCGAUACGCUGUUGUGUAUAUUUUGUCUUAAUGGUCGAGCGGUGCGCAUCCUACUCACACACCGACCAGGGCGCGGGUUGGUUUUAUAGAGUUCCUGCUGUGGGCGGAUCGGAUUUUGUUUGCUUUUUUGCCUUUUUCCAAGCAGCCACGAUCAGCCGUGCCACUGCCGUAACCUUCUCUCCCCCCCCUCCCUCCGGGAAGAGGAGGAAAAAUCUCAGCUGCUGGAAUAACUCGCUCGAUUGCGUGUCACCUACCGCGGUUGAUUAGGAGGCCACCGAUUGUGUCAGCAAUCAGCAGCUGUAGGGAACCGUAGUACAGCACAGUUGGGAGAUGUUACCUCAGCUGUAGUCGAAUAUGCUCCGGAAGGAGCUGCCCAUUCGUGUAGGUGGUUGACCAAAGACUGUCGGAUAAAACCGACUAUGGAUGAUGUGUUUUGUUUUGCUGAAUACCAAUGAAACAGUUGGGCGCAGGACUGUGCAGGAGAAAGUAGUUCUCAUUUGUUUGCUACCUCAACAGUGGGGCAGUGUCUGGACACGGUGCACUGUGUGGAAGCGUGUUCGUGAAGUGUACAACUGGAAAAAGGGGAGGGAGGGAAUGACCCGUAUUCUUAGCAGUCGCGCAAGAGAAAACCCAUCCACCGAUAGGUGAUGGUUGCAAUGAAGUUGCCAUCAGUAGGACGAGCGGCAUAAACGCCCUCCGCGCGCAUUAGGGCAGUAGUAUAGGUAGGACGUUGUAUGGCCCAUUUUAGUAGAUGAGAUAAGAUGAUACACUGUCGCAGGGAUGCGGGGUGAUUCCAGCAACAAUCAUUGAUUGGUAGCGUUUGUUGUGUCGGUCACCGGCAAACUGAAUGUAACGGGCAUGCCUUAUUAACUAUUUAUUACGAAAAAAAACGACGGACGUUAAGCGAGAGUAGAGUGAAGAUUUGUAUGUAUGUAUGUAUGUGUGUGUGUGAAUGUAUGUAUGUAUAGAAGGGACGCAAAUGCGUGUGUCGGAGAUGUGGAAACGCGACGAUGAAACUGCGGCUGAAUGUGAAUUAUCCCACGCUUUGUAACCUCCGGGAAGCAAACCAUCCAUUCGUAAUGGUAGUGUAGUUUUAGGGCACGCCGCAAAACAGUACCGUAAAUCUGUCAUAUCAGAAACGCCAAGACGUCUAUUGAGGCGAAGAAAGCAGUGGAACGCACUGGAACGAACAUAAGAAAACCCAAUACCUCACGAUAAAGUGCAUUACGUAUCCCCAUCCCUUGAUGUACCAAUAUAAUCGAUUCUGCGGGUGUGCACUGCCCAGGAGUGGUCCUCUGGAUUGUCGAUUUCCACACCACGGGUACCGAGGCCCAGGGAAGGAACGCCAGGGCUAGCAUUUAACGUGCAGCGGUUAGCAAGGGCGAUACAAGGUAUGCAACGAAUUUGACCUCUUACCUCGAAUGCGUCAAGCGCGCGCAUAUUGCCGCCCCGAUCCUCGAUCGUAUGUCAGUAGGGGUCUUGCUACCCAACCUAAGCAAAGCGAUCAUUCAUCUUUUUAGGACAUGUAAAAAGGUACCAUAAGUAUUAUGUGCUAAUGUAACCGAAUAGUUUCAGCAGCACAUAAUCUCGUUAGGAAGGUUUUGUACGUACGGCCACAACGUCGUUAUGGCAUUUGUACGUUGUUAGGACGGUUUUGUACGUACGGAAAGGUUUAGAAUUUGUAUGUGUGUGUGUGUGUGUGUGUGUGUGUGCGUGUGUGCGCACGCACGAUCUUCAGUGUUUGCCAUCUUGUUUGCUUAACUUAUUGUUGAUGGAGUGUCCGUAAGUGCGUACGGAUUAGACGUAAAGUUGUUAACACUGUUGUCCCCCCUCCCUUUUAUACAUACUAGCCUUGUUCAUACUGUUAACUCCUCCAUUUUGUGUACUAGUGAACUGUUUAUUUCUCACUCUAAUACUCGCCCUUUUAUCUCUUUCUGUCCGGUGGAAGCUGAUCUGUUAUUCCGUACUGUGUGCGCGAUUUGUGCAGAUGCAGUACAGGAUGUUAACUAUCGAGUAAUAGUUUACUCGAUCACAUGGCAAAAGAGAUAGAGAAAGAGAAUGGAAGAGAAGAGUUUUAAGAAUAGGAGACGUAUAAUCAAAAUAGUUUUGUUUCCCAUUUGUAGCUCUGAUGUUUUGUUUUUUUUUGUUUAUGUCAUACAUAGUCUUUCUAAUUAUAUUUACACCACAACAUAGACCCAACAGCACGGUUAGAUUGCAAAAGGAUUCUUCCACAACAUUGUAUACCGUUUACAUACAUUAACACCAGGCAAUAGAUGAAACGUGCAGAAGCGUGUUGCGUCUCCAUCAACAUACACUGGCAAAAAAAAACAAUAGAAUACUAAUGAUAAUGUUUGCAACAGUGUAUGCCUUCAAUUCGUUAUGGCGCUUUUUGUUAGUAGUCUUUGCAUAUAGAAUCGUUUGCUUAAUUCAAGUCUCGUUGUGCUGAAGGGAACAAAAAGGGCCAGGUCUAAGAAAAUGUUGCUGAAGCAGUUUAUUUUGGUGCAAGAGGCACGAAUCGAUUUGUUUCAUGUUCGAAUGUUCGCCGCAACAAAGCUAACCAUCUUGACAUAGUAUUGCUUCACCUGGGAAUGAAAGAAGAAUGUUUCAUGUUCAUGUUCCCUGUUCGACAUAUAUUAUGCAAAUGUUGCCGCAACAUUUUCAUACACCAGGCCCUAAGGCGAACAUAUGCGUAGCUUCCGUUCAGUACGUUUUAGUGAUAGUUAGAAUGAAAUCGGUUAGGGUGCGCGCUUGAACGCAAUUUUUAACAUGAUGCGAGGAAAAACAGAUGAGUGGGCGUCAUUUGUGGAUAAACACACACACACUCGAACAAAACACAAACGGCAAAACUACCUUUGGCUACUUUUGGGCGGGUCACAAGUUUGAUUUUAUGAAAAUAGGCGGUGGCGGAAUUUGUCAACGGCGCAGGGCUUAAACAAACAAAAAAGCACAUUUGCAUUUUGAGGAACAUUUAACGCACGCAUACUGGCGCAGGAAAUUUUGCAAAAGCAACACGAAAUCAACCAUGCAACCAGAAGCUCAGGUGGGGAAAAAGUGUAUAAAGCAAAACAUAGUGAGCCGUUAAUCUGAUAGGCAAAGCUGCAAACCCUAGCUCUGCAACUGGGUUUGGAAAACAAAUCAUACCACUAAUUAUGUUUGUACAUGAUGGUUGAAAGGAGAUACAGCUAUAUGGUGUUCUGUACUAUAGCACUCAACACUCACAUCGGUUGGCCGCAACAAUUCCAAAUCAACUGAAAUGAAAUGUAAAAAUAAUCACGAAUAAAAGCAGAAAGCGAAUGCAAGAAAGAAGCAGAACAUGCAAAACACACAACUAGACGUGUAAAAAGUAAUGCUAAUGAGGGAAAAAUACUAAACAAAAGCACUUCCAGCUCACCGAAGCGCAUGUGCUAGUGUGAUUGCAUGGGUUUCGCAACAAGCGGUGAAAAAGGAAGAGAAUUUUGCAUAAAAUGAAGAAGGAGCAGUAAACAAAGUAUAAAAGAAAUGCAACUCGCGUAAAAAUGAUGAACACUGACGCAUUUCAAGAUGGCGACUAUGAACAACAUUUAGGGCACUGUUGGACUGACCAUAUGUGGUGAGAAAAAGAAAACCAAAAGAGUGAAACAAACUAAAACAAAAAUUGAAACGUGUGACGUUUGUUGGUUUGUAUGUUUGUUUGUUUGUUUUUUGUACUAUUUAUAAUUGAAAAGCGUGCACGCAAGCGGUUGCGCAACCACUUAAAAUGAAGAUAAGCGGUUACGUAACAAACAAAGAGAUAUGGAGAGAAAUAGAGAGAGAGAGAGAAAGAGAGAGAGAGAGAGAGACACACACAAAAGGCAGACCGGUAUGUAAUGUGUGGUGCAUGUGAAAAGUGCUUUCGAGACGUUGUAUCAAAGUAAGCGAUGAAUUUGAACUGGGGACGUUUUCGCAUUUGUACAGAAAUUGGCAGCAUACAAACGGUAUCGAAACGUCUGCAAAGGAAGUAACAAGUAACACAAGAGAGACAAAGUGACUAAAAUCAAUUGUUAGAUUUUUUUAUUAUAUAUAUUAUAUUGAAAAUAUAUUAUAUAUAUAUAUACACGUGUAUAUUUGGCGAAAAGAAGAAACAGAAAGGUAUGCAAAAAAAACUGAGCACUCACGUUAGCACGGCGAAGACAAAAUGGAGACGCCCGUUCGUUUGUAGCGUUGGCCCACAGCCACAAAAACCGUUUUAAAAAGUCUAUUCUAAUCGAGAACAAAAGUGAGUGCGUGUGAACGAGUGAGAGUUGACGGCCGAAAAAUGUGCGAAGAGAGAGAGAGAGAACAUAGAGAAAAAAAACAAAUUGUAAAACGGAAGAAAACAAACGGUACGCAGUGUGUUGUUUUUACGCUCCCCAUCCAUCGCCCGGUGGCGUUGAUGUGUUGAUAAACAGUGAUUGCGGUGGUGAUGAUGAUGAUGAAAAGAGAAAAAUAAGGGGAAAUUGUGAAGCAGAUGAUAUUUAGCUAACAACUUUACUAUUUAUUACAAAAUACUAGAGGCUAUAAUAUCGUUGAAUAUUUGUAAUGCAAAGACAGGUACGGACACGUUGGUGGAAUGCGUAAGGAUGCGUGAAACAGGACAAAAAAUCGAAAGGUGCAAGCAAGGAAAGCUCGCUAUAUUUGCAUUAGUGCGUGUGUCUAUUGCGUGGAGAAGAGUGCGUAAGUGCCGUUUUAGUUGUGUGUGAAAACAGUGCAAAACCUCCCCCCCCUCCCGGUACAAGAAGACUCGAAACAUUCGAACCGCUCUACUAAUCUUUCUGAAAAACAAAUCACGACUUUUACUUUCCCUGCAUUGCUGAAAUAUUCGAAGGAUAUCCAAACGGUACCAAAAAACUAAUUGAAACGAGCGUCCUUGUUUCUUUGGAUAGGCCAACAUUUUGCGCAAAACAGCCUCAGCAAACCGUCGUCCGAUGCGUUGGAGAAGUAAAACAAAAUUACUUUUAACUUAUAACACUUAAUCGUACAGCAGACAGAGUGUGCCACCUUUAGACGAGUUGUCCGAUGCUGAUCAAGGGAUGCUCCUUCCAAAGAACGACUUUUAAUGCGUAAAUUGCGUACGGUGGUGUUGCGUUAUAUUAAUGCUUCCUUCCGGUGUCGCGGUAUGAUACAAUGUCCUUUUUCCCUCUGGUGCGACAGUAACGUCGUUCCGGGGUGGGUGAAACUAAAGCAAAACAAACAAGAGAAACAACAGCGAAAGCUUGAAAGCUCAGCUUAAUUAAGGACGUACCUUAAGUUUAAGGGUUUAGUUUAGAAAGAGCGCGCGCGAGCGAGAAAAAGAGUAUUUCGAACGGUCAGAAGUCUGGUGAGGUGUUUAGUAUUUCCAAGUGUUGUGAUAUGACGAGGCAUUAGCUUAUCAGGGGAAGAGUAUGUUUGUUUGUAUUGUUGGGUUAAAUUUAAUGAUGUACAGAAGUAUCUGUAUCUUUCUCCUCGCUUAUGUGGAUUUUGGUUUAUUUGUUGUUUAUUGUUUUUUUUCGCGAGUGCUUUAACGUCUUCCCAACGGGGGGAAAGUAAGGAAACCCAUUCUGGCCAGUUUGUGAAGGGUGAUCAUUUCCGCGCACAAGCACUACAUCUAGUGUCUAUUAUUGUGACAAGUAAAAUAUUUUUUUGUUUGUCCUGUUUCAUAACAUGGAGAUGGUUCGAAAGUAAUUUUGUUUUUUCAAUACUAAACCCAAAACGCCCUUGAUGUGAAGUAGUCCACACGCAGACGCAUCUAAAUUUCAAUUCAAGCGAAGAAUAUAAACGCAUCAUGCGUAUAGUUGAUUUUUCAUCUACUCGAUACCUCGUCAUCUUACUGUUGGGAAAACCCUUUUUGAAUCUAUGUUUUAAGGUAAACGCGCAGCACUACACAUCCGUGCCGAGCAGCCCUGUUUCUUGGAUGUGAAUAUUUUUUUCCACGCGCAACAUGCUUAUGUUAACGCAGCAUCAAUGAAACAAUUCAACCCCCAACUAGAUGAUCUUCAAGGAAACCCUGCAGCAAAAGAAAAGAAUAAACACAUACACACACAAUAAAGUCGUACCAAAGUCUUAAGGCAGACAAAAGGGAGCGCCAUUACUGAUGGUUGCUUUGCUCAAGUCCAAGCAAUUUCCCAAACGGAACACAUCCCUUUGCAAAAGACCUGAGAUUAGCCCGCCACCUCCCCUGGGGGGAAGCUCAUCACGCACGGGACAUACACACACAAAAAAACAACCCACGUGCAUUGGCGAACACCAGAUCAUUAAUCUGUGUUGUUAAUUUUCACUUUACUUUAUGGCUCCGCGUCAACACGAAUCGAACUCAACUUCGACCAGUAGAACCUGAAUACCUCCUCGUAAAAAAAGAACAAAUAAUCCGCCACUAACUUGGUUUGAAAAAGGGUAGAAAGAUAUGUUGAGGUAAUAUACACACAGACACACCCUUUACCGAUACAUACCUAGAUAAAAGUCCACGAGUUGAUAUUGAAAUAGCAGAAAGCACAAAAGUCACUCUUGUCAAGUCGAACAGCAGCAAUGGUGUAUGGAUGUUAAAGAAACCGUCUAGCUCAGUAACUCUCACAGCACACGAAUAAUAGAGCGAAUUCUGAUCCGGCACAAGACAGAACUUGAUCUCGAAUAUGCAUAUGAAAAGCAAACAACAAAAAUAUAAAAAUACAACCGCGUAUGAAAAACAACAAACAGAAAGAAAGAAAGAACGAAAGAGAGAAAGGAGAGAGAGAGAGAGAGAGAGAGAGAGAGAGAGAGAGAGAGAGAGAGAGAGAGAGAAAGAGGAAGAUUGAAGGAAACACAAUUUCAGAAACAAAAACAGAAACAACCGAUAUGGUGGUUGAACACCGCCAGGACAAGCAAGUAUGCACUGCCAAACAUAAGCAGAAACAAACAAUCGGAAGAAAGAAGAAUCAUAAUGAGAACAUAAGUGCUUUGCUACUGAACCGUACCGCGACAACAAAAAAAAAACAAAAAGAAAGUGCAAGCAAAAGGAAAACGCUAACACACAGCCCUCAACUACUUGAACUUAGAAAUAGAAGAAAAUGCUAAAUGGAACAUUAAACAAAAAAAACGCGGAAACAACAGCAAAAGCAACAAGUAAAUAAUGAAACAUUAUAACACAACCCUCUGAGACAAGGUGAUCGGACAGGUGAAUGGGAAAAAAACACUAUUCUUAAUUGGCAAUUAUGAAUAAGGCUAUGAGUUGAGUAACCACAAAAAUCGUAUGAUUAUUCUCACCCCGAAAAAAUACUGCAGAGAUUUACUGGGAGCAAAAACAAAAAACAAAAAAAAAUUACGAAAACUCAACUGUAAUUUAACGAUAAAAAUGAUGUUAGUUGGUAAAUGGAAACAGUUCUGAAAUUGCUAAAAACUGAGUGUGUUACAGUUAUACUAACCGACAAAAAAAAUGGUCAAAAAACAACAAAAAAAGAAAACAAACGUACACAAAAAUAAUCCAUUUAUUUAGCAAAAACAAACUUUCGAACGUUCUAUUUGCUGAAACAUUUAAAUUGAAGUCACAUUCAAACAAAAAAAAAACAAAACCAACAACAGGAACAAAAAAAAACAC